GCUCCUCCCCGGCUCUCAGCGCGUUUUGUAAGAGGCGCGAGGACGGUGCCUUUAAUGGUCAGAGAAACGGAGGCGCUGAGGAGGAAGGGAAAAAAGCCAACAGCGCGGCGAGAGCUGAGCGGGGCUGCGGCAGGACGGGCCGGGUCUCUGAAAGGCAGGUGUGGCUGCUUGCCCCUCGGCAGCGCAGAGCGGGUCUGAAAGAGCCAUUGAAAGGACGGGCUGGCUGGGAUAGGGAUGAGUUCUGGGAGGUGAUAAGUGAUGAACAUGGAAUUGAUAUUGCUGGAAACUACCGUGGGAAUGCAUCGCUGCAGCUUGAGCGAAUUAACGUGUACUUCAAUGAGGCUUAUUCCCAUAAAUAUGUGCCCCGUUCUAUCUUGGUGGACCUGGAGCCUGGUACAAUGGACAGUGUACGAUCUAGCAAAAUUGGCCCACUAUUUCGACCUGACAAUUUUAUUCAUGGUAAUUCAGGUGCUGGAAACAACUGGGCUAAGGGCCAUUACACAGAAGGAGCUGAACUGAUUGAAAAUGUCAUGGAUGUGGUCAGGAACGAGUGUGAGAGCUGUGACUGCCUGCAGGGAUUCCAGCUCAUCCAUUCUCUUGGGGGUGGUACGGGCUCAGGUAUGGGCACGCUCCUCAUCAACAAAAUCAGAGAAGAGUAUCCCGACAGAAUUAUGAACACUUUCAGCGUUGUUCCUUCACCCAAAGUAUCUGACACAGUUGUAGAGCCCUAUAAUGCCAUCCUCUCCAUCCAUCAACUAAUAGAGAAUACAGAUGAAACCUUUUGCAUCGACAACGAAGCACUAUAUGAUAUAUGUUUUAGAACUUUAAAGCUCACCAAUCCCACCUACGGUGACCUCAAUCACUUGGUGUCCCUAACAAUGAGCGGUGUUACAACCUCACUCCGUUUUCCUGGUCAGCUGAAUGCAGAUCUGAGGAAGCUGGCUGUUAACAUGGUGCCCUUUCCUCGCCUGCAUUUCUUUAUGCCAGGCUUUGCUCCUCUAACAGCACGAGGUAGCCAGCAGUACAGAGCCCUCUCAGUGCCAGAGCUUACUCAACAGAUGUUUGAUGCACGCAACAUGAUGGCAGCCUGCGACCCCCGUCGUGGGCGCUAUUUGACUGUGGCAUGCAUCUUCAGGGGCCGAAUGUCUACCAGAGAAGUGGAUGAACAGUUACUGUCUGUCCAGACCAAGAACAGCUCCCACUUUGUGGAGUGGAUCCCUAAUAAUGUCAAAGUGGCUGUGUGUGACAUACCACCGCGAGGACUGAAGAUGGCAGCUACCUUUAUUGGCAAUAACACGGCCAUUCAGGAGCUCUUCAUCAGGGUUUCUGAGCAGUUUUCAGCUAUGUUCAGAAGAAAAGCGUUUCUCCAUUGGUACACUGGAGAAGGCAUGGAUGAGAUGGAGUUUUCUGAAGCAGAGGGAAACACCAAUGACCUUGUUUCUGAGUACCAGCAGUACCAAGAUGCCACUGCAGAUGUUGAGGAAUACGAAGAAGUGGAAGCUAGCCCAGAAAAGGAAACAUAAAAACAAUGGCAGUAUAAAACAUUCUCCAAGUAAGCCUGUUGUCAUUCACUAAAGGAAAAGCACCAGCCAUAAGCCACGUAACAAAAAUAACACCUUCCUUAAGAUUAUUUUCCUCUCCAAAGUUACAAUACAGUGCUUUUGAAAUUAA